UGUUGUUGUCGCACUCACUGUAACGGAUCGUCAGGUGGACUCCGUUUAUGCUCUCUAUUUCACACAGAUCAGGUUUUUUUUCCUUGUUGCAGCUGGCUCCUUUUUUCUCCCUCACUCUCUCUCUGUCUUUCCCGCUCUGACUCGUUGUCGUGUCUCUUUCUGGCUCCUGCUGAAAGAACGGUGCAAAAGAGUAGAACAAGUGGCAGGCAGGCAGGUCAGGUUGCCAUCGCCUUUGCUCGUUGCACUUGCCACGCUCGACCACAUUUUCUUCUUCUUUGCGAUACGGAAAUGCGCAUAGGCAUAGAAGAAGACGAAGUCAAAACGAAAAAACAAACGAGAUAACAUACACAAAAAAAGCCAGAUAAAACGGUAUGCAACUAAAAACAACAACAACUCCUACUGUAUUUGAAACUGCAACAACAACAACAACAAGAAAGUGACGACCACCGCGUGGAGAACGAAACAACAACAAAAAAUUAACCCAAAAAAUCGGGUUUAUUUUUUUGGCACCAAUUUCUGAAUGAAAUGAAUAUGUGAUAUUGUUGUCCAAUUUGUUGUGAUGGGCUCGUGUACGCGGCGACACUUUUUACUGUCAACAUGCUUCCUGCAAAUGAUAACGAUUAUCGAAAGGCAGGUAUUCGAUUUUCUCGGAUACAUGUGGGCACCCAUCCUGGUUAACUUUUUUCAUAUAUUAUUCAUUAUAUUUGGAUUUUAUGGCGCAUAUCAUUUUAGAGUGAAAUAUAUUAUAACCUAUCUCAUAUGGAAUUUCCUAUGGAUUGGUUGGAAUGCUUUCCUCAUUUGUUUCUAUUUAAAUGUUGGUGAAUUAGAUAGGGAAAGCGAUUUGCUUAACCUGGGCACUGGCAGCGUUUCCUGGUUCGAAGCGAAUGGCUAUGGCUGCAAGCCCACUUAUAAUAUAACCUCAGAUGAUCCAUUUCGUCCAAUGCGUCCGGAACGUGUGGAUGGAUGUCUGUUGGAUUAUACUCUAAUGGAGAUCAUACAUUCGGGAGUGCAGUGUGCGUUGGCGCUGCUGGGUAUACUUGGUGCGAUUCUGAUCAGCUGCAUAUUUCUCGAUGAGGACGACAGAUUCGAUUUCAUGAACGGCGAUGCGAAGAGUCCACAGCACACAGUCGUCCAUCCAAUGUACGUGAGCUAUACAAGUAUACCAACAACUUCUGCAAGCGCCACAAUGCAAUCAAAUAAGCAACUGCAGCAAUUCUAUCAUCAUCAGCCACAACAACAACAACUACACAACAGCUACAGCAAACAAUCCAUGAGCAACUAUAGCAAAAAUAGCAACAACAACAACAACAGCAAUAAUAAUACACUCAACAACAAUAAUAAUAAUAAGCAGCAUCGCCUGCAACAACAACAAUCGCCAGACAUGACAAAUAACCAAGCAACAAAUGCAUCACUACUAUACCAACACUAUCCACAUCAGCAACAGCAACACCAAAACCAACACCAUCCACCACAGAUACAUUCCCAUACCCAUUCCCAUCAGCCACAACCACAUCCAUAUCUAACCCAACGCACUAGCGGCGAGAGCAGCAGCACCAACAAUAGUCUGAGUCGCAGCCAGCGACGCCAACAGCAGCGCUCUCAUCAGACAACCACCACACGAGCUCAGAUUAGUCCCAUGUCCGCCCAGACAACACCCUCUUUGUCGUAUGCCUCGUUGCAGAAUUCGAAUCCCUAUCUGGCCAAUAAUUCGCUAAAUAAUAGCAACUAUAGCAUAUUCCAGGGUGAGACAAUUACCCCACAGGGGUCAGGUCCAAGCGGUGGUCACUUUGCCCGCAUACAUCAUAAGCCGAAGGCUCCAAGGCAAUCGAUUAACGCCGCGUCAUCAUCAUCGCCCAUCAAGUUUUCACAAUUGUCGAUUGAGCGGCGUUUGUCGCGUAAUCUCGUCGAGGAAGAGGAUGAUGAUGAUGAUAAUUUCUCGCUGCAGCAGCUCUCGCCCAGCAAUAAUGGCAUCACAUAUGUGCCCUUUCAGAGUCCCACACCAAAUGGUUUAUUUGUGGGGGAGAAUAAUAAUGAUCAGCAUUUGCAGCAGCAAAGUCAUUUGGUUUUCCCAUCAAGCCCAAAUAAUAAUUUAAAUUAUCAACAGAAUGGUUUACCUUCACCCUUAAGGGUACAUCGUCAGUUGACCAGACCCACUCAGAUUCCACUGCCUACAGUGCCCAUGCAUAGCUGUCACGAGGAAGAGAAUGAAGCGGACGAAGAGGUGGAGGAGGAGGAGCCGAUUCAAGAGCAUAUUUUAACUCCACCACCGCCACCUCGUCCGCAUAUCUAUUUCCAUCAGCGUUUGGGCCAGGCUCCCUAUCCAGAUCUCUCGCCCGAAAUAGCUGAGAAAUAUUCCAUGCCCACUCAGCAUGUGGCAAUGCCUGGUGGUUCAGGUGCAGGUGGUCCGCCACCGCAUGGUUCACCCAUGGUGCGACGUAAUCCCCGUAGUCAACGACCACGCCAACAGGCAAAUUUCUGCGAUCAAAUACGCGAUACUCCGCCUGGUUAUAUAGUGCGUACCCAGAGCGAUGAUCGGCUAAUGGAUGAGGGCAGUGAGGAGGCAGCUCCACGUGUCAAUCGACGCAAAAGCCGUGCACGUCCACGUUCAUUCUGCAAUUCCAUAGUAGGUGUGCAGGCCUAAUAGAUCAGCAGUCGUCCGCCCCCGCCCCCAGACUCAAGUAGGUCCUAGUUUCAUAAAUUAAUUCGCUCUCUCUGUCUCACUCUCUAUUUCUCUACAUAUAUCUGUCUUUUUCAAUCUCUCUAUCUUUCUCUCUCUAUAUAUAUAGGUGCUGCUUCUGCCUCCGCUCUCACCAUUCUCCAUCCCAUUUACUAAAUCAAACCUUAUGCAUAUGUGUGUUGUUGUUAUUGCUCGUUUUGUGUUGUGUCUAACCUAAACAGAUUAAACAGAUUUAAGGAUUAAAGCCGCUUCAAUAUGCCAUUCAGAUGCCUUGCAUACAAAUCAUAUACAAACACACACACAGAGACACAAAAAAGCGAGCCGACUUUUUCCGCAUUGGAUUUUUGUUGUGAUAAUUGGAAAAAGUCGAAACGAAAUGAAAAAAAAGAAAAGCCUAUAUACUAUAUAU